AUGGUGCAUGCGGUGUUCAACUACCGAGUGCCGCACGCAUCCGAGGAGGAGGAGGAGGAGGAGGAUGACCUGUUCGAUGCGGCCGAGGACGGCAUCCGGGGGAAGCGGAUCCACCACGCUUUCGUCCGACUGUCGGUGCUGGGGUCGCCGUCGGUGCAGUCGGCGAUGGACUGCUUCCCCUGGACGUAUCACUGGCUGGGGGUCGAGCUGGAGUGGAACCGGGAGAGAUUCAAGAAGCAGCGGGGAUUCCACAAUCACGUCAGGGGUUACUUCCUGCACACGUGCGGGUUCGGGGCUCGGUCGGGGAGCCUGAGGGUGUUCUUCCGCCGGUGCGCGUGGGAGCGGGACCGCGGGCGAGCCGCGGCGAGGGACGUCGCGCCCGCGGUGGAUGCCUUCCUCCGCUUCCUCGGCGAUCGGGCGUUCGCCUUCGAGAGGAUCGCGGCGCUGCUGCGGAGGUGGCACGCGGCGGUCGCGGGGCGGAACGCGUCCGGAUGCUGCGAGGGCUCGGCCGAGUUGGGAUGCCUGGUGGAGGUCGCCUCCCUCCUCAACUCGACCUGCGAGUACGGGCCGGUCCUCUUCCCGGAGAAGGUGGACGAGAUCCUCCGGACCCGGAUCCGGCUGAAGACCUGCCCCACCGUCGAGGCCCUCUCCCCGGGAAACCGACAUCCCUCCGACGCCUUUCCCAAUUCAGACUGCUUCGAAGCGACGGCGGCGGGCGACGCCUCCUGGCGCGUCGUCGCGUCCCGCGCCCUCUCGGCCCUGGAGGCCCUGGCCAGGGACGAGCCCUGGAAGCUGGGAUUCCGAGAUUUGGUGCAAAAGGAGACGGGGAUCGGUGGGCUGGAGGGGAAUCCAGGGAACCUGAGGAGGUGCGGCUUCUACGAGUCCCUCGACGCCCUCCACAAGGAUGUGCUGUGCGUCUACGAGGUGCUGAAGGGGACCUGCGCGGAGGGGGGCCACACGUUCGUCUCCGAGUCUCGCCUCCGGUGCCUCCUCCGUCCUGGUCGCGACGAGGGAGUCCGCCUGUGCGGGGAUUGGGACGCGGCCAUCUCACCAGAAAACGACGAGGAAGCUGUCUUGCCUGAAAUGUUAUCGGGUCGUGAACUUGUCGAUGGUUUGGGCUUCGAGGCGGUGACCAAAGGAUGUGAGGGGGAGGAGGCGACUCCUCCCCUUCACCUCCCACCUCCAAGAGACUUCCUCCUUAACCUGGACGGAGGAGUAGAAAUGUUCGACCGCCAAUGA